UUUCCAAGCCUCGCGUCUUCGUGCUUUAUCGUCCAGCUCCGGAGCUAGUUGUUGCUUGUCUGAGCGGUGAUUGACUAUAAUGGCGACGCGAUUAUUCUGAGAGUAGUCUAUGGCACCGUCUCUAGCUGAUAAAGGAUACAUGUCGGAGGGUUUUUUCCGCAUCGCAGACUAUAAUAAUAAGGACAAGCAACAUCGAAAAGGAACACAUUCACUCCAGCCACAGGGAGCCAGGAGAGCUUUAUCCUGCUAGCUGCGAUAGCUAGCAACUCGCUCACUAGCCUGCUAAGUUGAAGAGGUGGGAUUCAAGUGUGUGGACUGGAGGAGAGGGACUGGCAGUUUGCUGAGUACUGAGAUCUAUCUGCUCUAGCUGUUGGCUACUUUGGGGUAUUAACUUCCACACUGCCAGAGGCAACACUUGGACGCCACUGGCUCGAGGUUGAUGCUAGCUUGUUGUAAUAGUUUUUGGGAGAGGAUCCAGAAUCCUUCUUGGGCAGCUAACUACAGCUACACACAGCUAACAGGCUAGCUUUGUGGAUUGUUCCAGUCGCCUUCCUGUUAGGACUUGCUCUCGCUUGCGUUUGGAAACUCUCUACCAGUGCACACAUAGUUGGCUAGCAAAGAGUGCUAGCUCGGUAACUUUUAAGGAUUGUUGUACCUUUGCGACAUCUUUUCUUAAAUGACCACCGGCAGGAAUAACCGAGCCAUGAUGGAAGGAGUUGGAGCAAGAGUGGUUCGCGGACCUGACUGGAAGUGGGGGAAGCAGGAUGGAGGAGAGGGACAUGUCGGCACCGUUAGGAGUUUUGAAAGUCCAGAGGAGGUGGUGGUUGUCUGGGAUAACGGGACGGCUGCCAACUACCGUUGUUCUGGAGCUUAUGACGUGAGGAUAUUAGACAGUGCUCCAACAGGCAUCAAGCAUGAUGGAACCAUGUGUGACACCUGCCGUCAACAGCCCAUCAUUGGUAUUCGCUGGAAAUGUGCAGAGUGCACCAAUUACGACCUCUGCACAACCUGUUACCAUGGAGACAAGCAUCACCUGAGACACCGGUUCUACAGGAUCACCACCCCAGGCAGCGAGAGAGUACUUUUGGAGUCACGUCGCAAGUCAAAGAAAAUCACAGCCAGAGGAAUCUUUGCUGGUGGUCGGGUUGUGAGAGGAGUCGACUGGCAGUGGGAAGACCAGGAUGGAGGGAAUGGGAGGAGAGGAAAGGUAACAGAGAUCCAGGACUGGAGUGCGGCCAGCCCUCACAGCGCUGCCUACGUACUGUGGGACAACGGGGCCAAGAACCUGUACAGAGUUGGCUUUGAGGGAAUGUCGGACCUCAAAUGUGUCCAGGAUGCCAAAGGAGGGACAUUUUACAGAGACCACUGUCCGGUUUUAGGUGAACAGAAUGGCAACAGAAAUCCUGGUGGCCUUCAGAUUGGGGACCUGGUAAACAUUGAUCUGGAUCUCGAGAUUGUACAGUCCCUCCAGCAUGGACACGGAGGGUGGACUGACGGCAUGUUUGAGACGCUCACCACCACCGGCACAGUGUGCGGCAUCGAUGAGGAUCACGACAUUGUGGUUCAGUACCCCAGCGGGAACAGAUGGACGUUCAACCCAGCAGUGCUGACAAAGGCUAACGUAGUGCGCAGUGGCGAAGUCGCAGCUGGUGCAGAGGGAGGCACUUCCCAGUUCCAUGUGGGAGACCUGGUCCAGAUCUGCUACGACAUUGACCGCAUCAAGUUACUACAAAGAGGCCAUGGAGAAUGGGCUGAGGCGAUGCUGCCUACCCUGGGCAAGGUAGGCCGUGUGCAGCAGAUCUACUCUGACAGUGACCUUAAGGUCGAGGUUUGUGGGACAUCUUGGACGUACAACCCUGCUGCCGUCACCAAGAUCGCCCCUUCCGGCUCCGCUGUCAGCAACGCCUCUGGAGAACGCCUGUCUCAGUUAUUGAAGAAACUAUUUGAGACACAAGAGUCUGGGGACAUCAAUGAGGAGCUGGUCAAGGCAGCAGCCAAUGGAGACUUGGCCAAAGUGGAGGACAUUCUUAAGAGACCUGAUGUGGAUGUGAACGGGCAGUGUGCUGGACACACCGCUAUGCAGGCAGCCAGUCAGAACGGUCACGUGGAUGUCCUAAAGCUGCUUCUUAAACACAAUGUGGACCUGGAGGCUGAGGAUAAAGAUGGAGACCGAGCAGUGCACCACGCAGCUUUUGGUGAUGAAGGCUCUGUCAUUGAAGUGCUGCACAGGGGCGGUGCAGACCUGAAUGCCAGGAACAAACGAAGGCAGACUCCAUUACACAUAGCUGUCAACAAGGGCCAUCUACAGGUGGUUAAAACCCUUUUGGACUUCGGCUGCCACCCUAGCCUUCAGGAUUCAGAGGGUGACACACCUCUUCACGAUGCCAUUAGUAAGAAGAGAGAUGAUAUGCUGUCAGUGCUGCUGGAGGCGGGUGCUGACGUCACCAUCACCAACAACAACGGGUUCAAUGCUUUGCAUCACGCCGCCCUGAGAGGAAACCCCAGUGCCAUGCGUGUGCUGUUAUCCAAACUGCCGAGGCCUUGGAUCGUAGACGAGAAGAAGGACGACGGUUAUACUGCACUGCACCUGGCCGCCCUCAACAACCACGUGGAGGUGGCUGAGCUUUUGGUGCACCAGGGCAACGCCAGCUUAGACAUUCAGAAUGUCAACCAGCAGACUGCAUUACACUUGGCAGUGGAGCGCCAGCACACCCAGAUAGUUCGGUUGCUGGUGCGGGCAGAGGCCAAGCUCGACGUGCAGGACAAGGAUGGGGACACGCCGCUUCACGAGGCACUGCGUCACCACACGCUGUCCCAAUUGCGGCAGCUCCAAGAUAUGCAAGAUGUCAGCAAAGUGGAGCCCUGGGAACCUUCCAAGAACACGUUAAUCAUGGGCUUGGGCACCCAGGGGGCAGAGAAGAAGAGCGCAGCAUCCAUCGCCUGCUUCCUGGCAGCUAAUGGAGCAGACUUGACCAUUCGUAACAAAAAGGGCCAGUCCCCUCUAGACCUGUGUCCGGACCCCAGCCUCUGCAAGGCUUUGGCCAAAUGCCACAAAGAAAAGAGCAGCGGCCAGGUGGGCACCCGCAGCCCGUCUCUGAACAGCAACAUCGAGUCACUGGAGGAGUGUAUGGUGUGUUCGGACAUGAAGAGAGACACUCUUUUUGGGCCCUGCGGACACAUCGCCACCUGCUCCCUCUGCUCGCCUCGUGUCAAGAAGUGUCUCAUCUGCAAAGAACAAGUGCAGUCGAGAACUAAGAUCGAGGAGUGUGUAGUCUGCUCCGAUAAAAAGGCAGCGGUGUUAUUCCAGCCCUGUGGCCACAUGUGCGCUUGUGAGAACUGUGCCAGCCUCAUGAAGAAGUGCGUACAGUGCCGGGCUGUGGUGGAACGCCGCACCCCCUUCGUACUUUGCUGUGGAGGGAAAGGUAUGGAGGAUGAUGCCGCUGAUGAUGAUGAUGAUGAUGAUGAUGAUGAUGAUGACCUUACAGGGAGCUCUAACAGUAUGGCAGGGGGAUCCCAGGAUCUUCUCCAGCCCAACAAUCUGGCAUUAAGUUGGUCCAGCGGAAACAUCCCAGCCCUGCAGAAAGACAAGGCGAACACCAACGUCAACGCUGACGUGCAGAAGCUACAACAACAGCUCCAAGACAUCAAGGAACAGACCAUGUGUCCGGUGUGCCUGGACCGGCUGAAGAACAUGAUCUUCAUGUGCGGCCACGGAACCUGCCAGCUGUGCGGGGAUCGAAUGAGCGAGUGUCCCAUCUGCCGCAAGGCCAUCGAACGCCGCAUACUCCUCUACUAGACCCGCCGACGAACUCUCUUUGCUUCUCUUAAAGCCCACGCUGAACACGCUCGCCACGCGGCAACCACACCUGCUGCUGCUGCUGCCUCCAUCCUCACAGCCACCCGCGUCAGCCAGGCACAUCUAAUUCUGUCCCACAAACGCUUUCUCAGUGGGUCGAUUGCGUUCAGGUGGAAUUCCUGUUACAAAACAAGGAAAAUCGAUGAAUUGACUGAAGUUAAUUGUGCUGUCCUGUCGCCGUCAGUGCAGCCAGAAAGAAAGACGCCUGUUUCAGAGACUUCAUCCUUUUCCCUCCCACCCCCCCAUCUCCCUUUUUUGUGUUGUUUCCAUUUAUUCUCUCAACAUUUCAAACAGUUGUCCCGUCUCGAGUCUGAAGUUCAGAAUCAGAGUUUUGGAUGUGAUCACUUUGGGGGGUAUCAGCUGAGUGAGAAGCGUGGAGGCGACGAAGGCGGCCUGUUACCGUUUGAUAUAAAGUUCUCAUUCAUCUGUUUGCAGUCCAGUGCCCACUGCAGGCAGAUUUUAUUGUAUUUGUAAACCUUUUUUCAAGUGUAUUUGUAUUGGAAGCUCCUUCGUUUAUCACGACAGUAUGGCAGUAUGGUUGCAGCUUUGGCUAUUGCAACGCUCUGCUCACCGACUGUCCCUGCUCUUAAAAACCAAAUGUUGGCAGUUUUUGCACUAGAAAAGCAGGGUUU